CCUCCAUCUAGGCCAACAUUACUGAAAUGACUACACGCUUAGGACAGUUCCACUCUCCUUGCAGCUAUGAUAUUCAAGAAGAAGGAAGUGGUACGCCAUUCGAAUAAUUGCAUUGUCGUGUGCCUCGCGUAUGCGCAUUGAAGCAUGGGGAGGGUGUUCUGGAGGCGAGACUGGUGCCAAGAAUGGCACUACUUGGUGCGGGGUUGUUCACAAAAACGUGAAAAACCUCAUACCUAAGCUGCAAGUCUAGUCAUAAGGAUUCUCCGGAAAUCUUAUUUUCAUGGCUGCAUUUCACGUCAUUUGAGUACAUCACCGUGCGAGGCAACUACCAUGUCAGGCAGACCUAUCGGCAGUCUUGGCCAUGAUGAAAUAGCCCAAACCGCACUCCGGGAUGUUGGGUUUUUCUGUAUACAAGACGCAACAAUCGGUUCCCAGAUGUCAGCAAUGGAGCAGAAUGCAUCUCAGUUCUCUAGUACGUCUAAAGCCGGGUGGGAUUUCUGCCAGGAUAAUGUCCUAAAUGAUGCGCGUAUCCGCACGAUCCUUCAGUCUUGUCUUCCACGAUGCCGUCUAGGUUACUAUCAGCGAAUCGCCGAGGACUCGGGCCAUGUCUUUCAGCUCAGAAAAGGAGGUCAGAACCCGGAUAUACUGCUUGUCCAUCUCUGGGGCAAGGGCUCGCGAGCAGUAUACUUUCCAGGCUCGCAUCUCAUCCCACUUAAUAGCGUCCGAGCUGCCAAUCGCCUGUGGGAGGUCCCAUAUGCUGCUCUCGAUAAAGCCGGCAUACAUGGGACUAUUGUCGAAUUUGAAGAAGGUGGCCUCGCCAUUCUCGAUGCACGACUCGCACUGGAAAUGCCCCAUGGAUCACCAGUGACCUGCGGCUUCGCAACAGAGGAGGAGUUGCAAAGGUGGCCAAAGUUGAAAGUACCUAACGUACAGCAAAGGCACCAGAUGGCCAGUGUAUCGAGCGACAUGAUUGGCGUACACUUUGAAUAGAAAGAUUAGAAAAGAGAAUUGUGGUGGCAUACACUAAACAAACUUCACAUUUUAAUCCAUUGUA